AUGUUCGUGUGUGACACUCCUGCUGUCGCCGGAACCUCUAUAUGCGGAGUGACCGCUAUCAGUGCUGUGAGUCCGGCAAUCAAGGCCAGCCCGCAGGAAACUUCUGUAGCUGUCGCCAAUGUAGUGGCGUUCGGUACCCUGGGCAUGCUUACCUACCCUUACCUCGCGCACGCAAUAUUUAGCUCAAGUCAGAGCAUCGGAGUGUUCCUUGGCUUAGCAGUGCACGACACAUCUCAGGUACUAGGCAGUGCUCUAACGUACAGUACCUUGUACGGUGCGGAGGAUGUGCUGAAAAUCGCUGCGGUGACUAAGCUCACGCGCAACGUGUGCCUGGCGGGUGUUGUGCCCUACAUGAGUUAUAAGCAUGCGGAGAAGGCGAUCGCUGGCGACAUUGGUACGGUUGCAGUAAAACCGACUGCCAUAGAAUUGGUGUACAAGUACACGCCCGGGUUUGUGGCAGGAUUCAUCGCCAUGGCUUGCAUGCGGUCCACUGGCGACUAUAGCCUGGAUACGUAUGGUGCUGCUUUUGGGUGUCUCUCCCCCGAUCAGUGGAAGCAAACUACCACAAUGAUAGGUAGUACACUAUCGCAGCCAUUGCUCACCACGGCAAUGGCUGGCGUGGGCCUGACUACUAGUUUGUCCGCCUUGAAGGGGGUAGGGUAUAAACCAUUCGCAGUGGGCUUCACGGGUGCCACAACGGUGGGACUUGUGGGUUUGACCAGUGCGCUAGUACUCGGCGUGAUCUAAGCGGUGCAAUUUACACAACUGGUAGGCUGCACUCGCUUAUAAACCUAACUAUCAGCUCUGCCGCUGAUCUUGCCCGUGUCCAUGAUUAAGUCCGUGUAUAGAAUAUUAUGUGCUUAUUCGGCAGCAAACAUCGUAAAAUACACUAAGAACUGGAUCCAGCGCAAUUAUGGUGCUCUGGUACUUGGCUUGAAUCAAUUAGAGCUCAUAAGCCAUUUAUGGGGCUGCAUCAACGGUAUUGUACGGAGGUUCUGAAUUUAGUUGACAUAUUUAUUGUUCACCAAUAGAGUUUUCCGUAUAAUAUAAAGUGUUAUAGUUUUCAUAUUUAGCGAAUAUCGGGGCGGUAUUUGACAUGCGAAAUAAUGUUUAUAUGUAGUGGAUAAGCCCUGUCGUAUCGUAUGCAAAGGUGUUGUCAAAUGGCAUAGGUCCUUCAGCUGUAUCUAGGUGGCGCUCGUCACAUACUUAAGAGUUAUGCACGUGCAUACUGAAUUUUCCUGACAUUAUUUUUGUUCUAAUCCAUAUUUGAAACGCUUAGUACGAUUCGGUACCGAACAUCUUGGCAUAGUUUGACGUGGAUGAAUACACAAUGUUGGAAUAAAACAAUAGUUCGCAGCGG